AUGGCCCACGGUUCCAUUGUGCAAGAGUAUUCCUCUGGGCAGGACGCUGGCGCACCAACGACGUUCUCACUGUCGUCGAAAAUUCAGCGCGAGAUCGAAGCAAACGGAAUCUCUCGCCCCAAGGGCUACACGGUGUCAUGGCACUACAACCCGGCGGUGGAAAACCACCAUUUCGGACAAACGCAUCCCAUGAAGCCGUGGCGGCUGACACUGACCAAAUCGCUCGUGCUCUCCUACGGCAUGCACACCGCCAUGGACACGUACAUUUCCCGACCGGCAACCCGAGACGAGAUCGCCGAAUUCCAUAAGGACGAAUACGUCGAAUUCCUCAGCGUCGCGACUCCGGCAAACAUCUACGAAAUGUACCCGGAGCUCGCGACAGGUCCGCAAGGGUAUACGUCGUCGAUUUUCGGCGUGGGCGAAGACUGUCCCAUUUUCGACGGCCUGUACGACUUCUGCACCAACUACGCGGGAGCAUCCAUCGACGCGGCACGCAAACUGGUCAAUCAUCAAUCCGACAUUGCCAUCAACUGGAGCGGCGGCCUGCAUCACGCGAAAAAGGCCGAGGCUUCAGGCUUCUGCUACGUCAACGACAUUGUCCUGGCUGUUCUGCAAUUAUUACGGUACAACCCGCGCGUCUUGUACAUCGACAUCGACGUCCACCACGGCGACGGGGUUGAGCAGGCGUUCUGGUCGACCGAUCGGGUCAUGUGCGUGUCUUUCCACAAGUAUGACAAGGAGGUUUUCUUCCCCGGUACAGGACCCCUGGAUUCCACGGGUCCAUUGCACCCGGAUAAUCCUGGCAAGAACUACACGAUCAACGUGCCUCUGAACGACGGCAUCGAUGACGAAGGGUAUGCGUAUCUGUUCCAGAACAUCAUCGAGCCCACCAUCAAAAUCUUCCGUCCGACGGCCAUCGUGCUGCAAUGCGGCGCCGACAGCCUGGGCCAUGACCGGCUGGGUUGUUUCAAUCUCAACAUCCGCGGCCACGGCCAAUGUGUCAGCUUCGUCAAAAGCUUCAAUAUACCUAUGAUUGUCGUCGGCGGAGGCGGCUACACGCCGCGCAAUGUCGCCCGAGCAUGGGCUCACGAGACCUCGAUCUUGAUCGGCGCCGACAAGACGCUGAACCCGGCUCUGCCCGAACACAUGCCGUACCGUGAAGCCUUCCGCCGCGAAGGCCUCACCUUGUUCCCCAACCUCAGCGGCUGGAGGAAAGAGAACAUGAACACGAGGGCUGACAUUGAACGCAUCAUCCGUCACGUGCGAGAGCAGCUCAAUUACAUCAAGGGUGCGCCGUCGGUGCAGAUGCGCUAUAUUCCGCCAGAUAUCCAGGGGUGGAGAGAAGAGGUUGAGGAGGAACUGAAGGCCCAUCGCCAUGAGAGGGACGAGGUCAAGGAAGAGAGAGACGGUGCUGGAGGUGCCAUAGCCAGAGCCAGUCGCAGGAGAGAGUUGGAGCGGAAUGGCUCCAGACUAGGCGAUCUCAUGAGUUAG